CUCAUUUUACGUGGAAAGUUUAUUAAAACAAGUGGUUAGGAUGAAACGAAGCGAGUAUUUCCGAAUGCAAAAAGUUAAUAGAUUCGAUUUGGGUUUAAAUUGUUACUGUCUUUCAAAUGGCUCUAAUUUUGUCGGAAAACAUUUCCUGUGAUGAUCACGUCAGAGGUUUGAAUAAUUUGUGAAUUGUUUUGGAUUAUUUUGGCAUCAAAAAAAGAACAUGACGAUUAGUGCUAUUUGCAGCAACAUGUGGAGAAAGAAGACUGUGAUUACUUCUAAACUGCACGAUACCAAGCUCAAACGAUGUCUCGGGCUAUUAGAUCUAAUUGGUCUAGGGCUUGGAUCAUCGUUAGGCGUCGGCGUUUAUAUAAUCACUUCAUAUGCUAUAAGCAAAGAAGCAGGACCCUCUUACGUCAUUUCAGUGAUAAUUGCCGGAUUAGCAACUUUGUUUGCAGGUCUGUGCUAUGCAGAAUUUAGUGCACGACUACCACGCGCUGGCUCCGCCUACUUCUAUACAUACGUUACACUUGGAGAACUAUUUGGGUUUGUGAUUGGUUGGAAUAUGAUACUGGAACAUGUUAUAACGACAGCUAUUGCUGCUAAAGCUUGGAGUCAGUACUUGGACUAUAUGUUGAACGGGACAAUCAACAGUGUUAUAAGAGAGAGCACCUCAUGGCAUGGUGGCGAAGUUUGGGGUGAUUGUCCAGAUGUCGUUGCUUUCCUCAUCACAAUUCUAAUUACAAUAUUAGUCGCAAUGAAAGCAAAGGUAUCAACCGUGUUAAUGAUGGUGCUCACAUUCUUCAAUAUUCUGAUUGUCAUGUGUUUUGUCUGCAUAGGAUACUUUCAUGUCAAACAUGAUAACUGGACAGAACCACCAGGAUUCUUUGCUCAUGGAUUCACAGGAGUCUUAAGUGGUGCCUCAACGUUGAUAUUUACCUUCACAAACAUUGAAGCAAUUACAUCAGCAAGUGAAGAAACAAAAGAACCAACCCGUGUUAUAUCUUCAGCUAUUACGUACUCUAUUUUCACGUGCUCAGUGAUUUAUUUCUGUAUUUCAACCGCUGCUACAUUAUCCUUACAUCAUUUUCCAGACGACACACUCAUUGCUCUCCCGCACGUGUUAAGUAAUUUACAUAUUCACGGAGCUAGUGCUGUCAUUACGGUUGGUGGACUGGUUGGUUUAUCAGCGUCUUUAAUAGGGAAUAUAUUUUAUCUGACGCGGCAAGUGUAUUCAAUAUCAAAGGAUAGACUGGUAUUCGGAUUCUUGUCCAGGGUAAGUAGUAAAUGGAACAUUCCAAUAUACAGCGUGUUAGUUAUGGGCUUCUUGUCUUCAAUUAUUGCGUUAAUUUUGGAGUUUGAAAUACUUUUGCAAGUUGUAUCAAUAGGGACAUUGUUGUCGUAUUCAGCUUUAGCAAUUUCUGUGAUAUGUGUUCGAUACCAGCCUGGGACUGUUGGUCUUUAUGUAGAAUACGAGGACCCAGAUGAUCUUAAUUUCAUGCAGUGUACGGAUUUCAACUACUCAAAUUUUCAACUGGAUGCAAAUAAAUCAAAAUUAUCAACAGAGAAAACUAUAAGAGAUUGUGAAAAAUUACACACAAAUGGAUUUACGCCUGGCGCAUCAGCAUUCAUGCGAAAAAGUGUAUCGUUUGAUGAAAAUUUCAAACUUGACAGAAUGACAGAUCAAUCAAACUAUUACCAAAGACCACGUGAUAGCACUUACACCAGACUUGACAGUGUCAUAAGCAGUACACCGAACGGAAGUGUUAGCGGAUUACUCCAGCUACCAUCGGAUAUUGUUCUUGAUCCAAAUGAAUCAACAUGGAGAACUGCUGCAUUAGGGUUGUUGAUUUAUAUACUUUGUUCAUGUGUACUCAGCGUAAUUACUCUGUAUGCCGAGUAUAUACUUCAUUUGGACAGCUGGUGGAUGCUUCUGAUUGUAUUUGUAUUUAGUAUUUUACUGAUCUCAGCGACUGUGUUAAUUGUAAAGCAACCGGAAAAUCGGACCAAACUAUAUUUCCGGACACCUUACGUUCCAUUUAUUCCACUGCUGGCUAUAUUAAUCAAUGUAUUUCUGUUGGCUUCUCUGCCAGUGAUGUGCUGGGUACGAUUUCUUCUCUGGAUGGCUUUGGGCCUGCUGUUGUAUUUUGUUUAUGGUUACAGACAUAGUUUGGAGUACCAGACAGACGAGCAAGAAGUUGUCUUGUAUGAAAUUACAGAGGACUCAAAUGUUCCAUGAUAAAUGUGCAAUGGUGAUAUCAAUUAACAUUUAAUAUGUCCAAUAAUAUCCCUGUCUAGAAAUGUGCUGUUUGUCAAAGUAAAAUCAAACAGGAAGUACGAUGUCAUAACUUUGGUUUGUUUAUGAGUUAUUAAUUUGAGUUAUUAAUUGAAUAUCUUUUUACUUAAUACAUUAUUAAUUGAAUAUUUAUGUAACGCACGACAUGGCUGUAGGUAGUGUAGUCAUUACAUAUUUACAGGUUAUUGUACGUAUACCAAUGUAUAUUACCAACUGGGACAUCACGAGUUUUUGUAUUUUACCAUCUAGUAAUUGCUAAACAGAUUAUUGCUUAUCUGAAUAUAACAUAACUUAUACUGAUGCAUAAAAUAGAAAUAAAACUAUAUU